AUGCCAUUUGGCUGUUUAACGCUCGGGGAAAAGAAGGAUUACAACAAUCCCUCUGAGGUGACUGAUAAAUAUGACCUGGGACAGAUUGUUAAAUCGGAGGAGUUCUGUGAGAUCUUCAGGGCCAAGGACAAAAACACACUGAAAAUGUUUACUUGUAAAAAGUUCUUGAAAAAGGAUGGGAGGAAAGUUCGGAAGGCUGCAAAAAAUGAGAUCCUCAUUUUAAAGAUGGUGAAGCACCCCAAUAUUCUCCAGCUGGUGGAGGUCUAUGAGACCAGAAAAGAGUAUUUCCUCUUCCUUGAACUUGCUACAGGCAGAGAGGUAUUUGAUUGGAUCCUGGACCAGGGCUACUAUUCCGAGCGCGACACCAGUAAUGUGGUCCGUCAGGUGUUAGAGGCCGUCGCCUACCUUCACUCCCUGAAUAUUGUCCACAGGAACCUCAAGCUGGAGAACUUGGUGUACUUUAACCGCCUGAAGCACUCCAAAAUAGUAAUCAGUGACUUCCACCUGGCCAAGCUGGAGACCGGGCUCAUCAAAGACCCUUGUGGAACCCCAGAGUACCUGGCACCAGAGGUGGUUGGGAGACAGAGAUACGGCAUGCCAGUGGACUGCUGGGCCCUGGGUGUCAUCAUGUACAUCCUGCUUUCAGGCAACCCUCCUUUCUAUGAUGAAACUGAUGAUGACGACUAUGAAAACCACGACAAGAACCUGUUCAGGAAGAUCUUGGCUGGGGACUAUGAGUUUGACUCUCCAUACUGGGACGACAUCUCAGAGUCAGCAAAAGGCCUGGUAACCCGUAUGAUGGAGGUAGACCAGGAUCAGAGACUGACUGCUCAGGAGGCCAUCAACCAUGAGUGGAUUUCUGGAAAUGCAGCCUCAAAUAAGAAUAUUAAGGAUAAUGUCUGUGCACAGAUAGAGAAGAACUUUGCCAAAGCUAAGUGGAAGAAAGCAGUGCGGGUCACUACCAUGAUGAAGCGACUGAGAGCGCCAGAUAAGGGUACUGACUCGGGGACUACCAGCCCAGCAGUAGCAACCAGCCCUGCAGCAGGAGAACCAGCCCCAGCUCCAGCAGACCCCCAGGCUCCCAGUGACCCCUCUGCAGCCCCCGCUUCUGCAGCUCCUGAGGGGGAGCCUGCUGCUGUCACAGAGCCCCCUGCUGAAAUGAAGGCCAUGGCAUGUGAUGUCACUCCCCAGGCUGCAGCAGAAGUCACAGCUCCACCUGAGGAGGAGGCCAGCUCAGCGGAGGCCCCAGUGGAGGCCCCCGCCCCGGAGGAGGUUGAUCUUUUGUUGCAGUGUAACGGAGAGGCCCCAACUCCCCUCCAACCGGCAGCUGAAGCUGGGGAUGAGCAGGAUUAG